ACUUUGUUUGCGGCACGAUAUGCGCCGAUGGUAUAUUUCUUAAUUGCUCAUUGCGUUAUCGGGGCUAUUUCCAACAUUUAUAAUAAGCAUUAUCAUAACAAUAACAGGCUAGUAACUCGCGCUGUCCGCGAUAACGUCUCGUUCCUCAGUCGGAUGCUGUUCUUGAGAGCAAACAGUUUUAUUUUCCUCUUGAAGAUCGGUGUGAAGUGUCAGUGUUCUAUUUUUAUGUCGAUAAGUGUGUGUAUGCGUUGAAGAAGAUACAUUGUUAAGUGUCAGCAUGGUGGUGGUGCUGAACGGGGUGCUGGCGGACGAGUGCCCCACGUCGGUCCGCGCCCUGCUGAGCGCGCACCCCGGCUACCGGGACGCGGCCGCGCAGCUGCUCGCGGCGGCCCCGCGCGUGGUAGGAUCACCCGGCCUCCUGUACGUGGCGCAGCGGGAACUUGCGGCCGUGGUGCCACACGAUAAGAAUGUAAACAUCAUCGGUUCAGAUGACGCCACAUCAUGUAUUAUAGUUGUUGUGAGGCAUUCAGGAUCAGGAGCAGUCGCCUUAGCGCACCUCGACGGCUCCGGCACGGCAGAGGCCGCAGCAGCUAUGGUCGCCAGGGUCCAACAGUUAGCUGUCGGCUACCCUGAGGGCAGACUCGAGCUACAACUGGUCGGGGGCUUCACCGACCCACACAGAUACUCCGAUGAGCUAUUCGCGAAUAUCAUGUUAUCAUUCCACCGUCAGUCCGUGGAGAUCGACCUCACCCUCGCGUGCUGCUGCGAGCUCAACACGGCGCUCGGCGGCGGCGCGCCCGCGCCGCUGGUGACCGGCGUCGGCGUCGACAUCCGCCAGGGAGACCUCUUCCCCGCCACCUUCCCCGACAAGGGACCAGAGCAGCCGCUACGAGGAGCCAGGACUAUCACCGGAGGCCCACAUUCCGCUCAGGUGUUGGACAUAUACGACAACGCAGUGGGCAUGCUCCGCAUCGGGCCGUUCAACUACGACCCGCUCCGCGGCGUGGACUUGUGGCUCGAGCAGUCGGACGACUUCAUUCUGCAACACUUGAGCACUACUCCGGCUGUGGAGCCUCCACACUUCGUACAUCACAUCCGCGCCACGUUGAAGUUCAUCCAGCAGCACCCGUUCCCGGCCGUGACCGUGUUCGCCGACAACCGCCCGCACUACUACCGCCGCGACGAACAGAGCGGCUGCUGGGCCCCGGUCCGGUUCUAAACGGUUAUAUCCGGCUCGGAGGGGUGGCUUCCCUGACAACCACCCUACCGCCGCGACGAGCAGAGCGGCUGCUGGGCUCCGGUCCGGUUCUAAACGGUUAUAUCCGGCUCUCAGGGGUGGCUUCCUUGACAACCACCCUACCGCCGUGAUGGACAGAGCGGUGGCUAGCUCCGGUGCGGUUCUAAUCGGUUCUAAGGAGCGAUGCCGUUCCCAAACAAUCGGCCACCUUACUACCGUCGCGAGGAACAGAAUAGUUGCUGGGCUUCGGAAUGGUUAAACCGGACUAUAACCGGUUCUCGAAGGCUUUCGUGGAUUACACUAUAGUUAUUGCCGUGACAUACGGGGCGGCUAUUAGACCGAGGUCCGAUUUGAACCGAUAAUGUCUCGAUAGGCGGCAUUAUACUAUUUAACCGGUUCUCACCUGUAUACGACAUUUAAUAAAUAUUCUCUGGACCGAGGAAAAAAACGUAUAGCCUCUAACAUUUAUCAGAAUGACAGAAUGUUAUGUUUGAGUACACUGAAUAAAACGGCUCAAAGGUGGCCGGCAAAAAUACUACAUAUACAAAGCAUAAUAAAAUAAAUCGCACAAAUUGUUUGUAAAUGUUGAUAUUGAUCGGUUAUCUUGUGUGUGAAGAAAGCAACUAUCAAUUUUAUUAUCUACCUACUAUGGCACUUUCGAAUAGUUCAUCUACAGUCAGAGUUCCAAUCGACUCAAAUCAACUCCAAUCAUUUUCGAAAUACUUAUAUAAAAAAAUCGAAAGUGAUUUAAAGAUUUCCCAGUUAUAAUAAUUCCUUCCAAUCAACAUUAUAACAUAAUUAGCUAUUUUUAUAAAACAAAACAUAUAACUAAAAUGACAAUGUGUUUAGUCGAUAUCCGAACAAACUAGUUAUUACUAAAAUGUGACAUUACAUUACGUAUUGUGUACAUAAACUCUGUUUUUAAAUUCUAUAAACAAAAAGGAGACUUCAAUUGACAAAUUAAAUUUACAACCCGCUCAUCAUGUUUUCCCUCGUUUAUAUACUAAAUUAACAAAUCUAUCUGACAAAGUAAAACCCACAGAUAAUGGGUCCCGUCGUCUUAGAACCAAACAAACUAUGGUUCGCGAUUCUUUGGAUGUGGCAUAUCUAAAGACAUGAUUUCUUAAUCGUUUCCAGCACCAUCUGCGUCAAGCUUUGCGAAUUAUUUGAUCCUAAUUGCGGUAAUGGAACUGUCAUAUUCGUAUCUCGUAUUUUUAAACAGAGUAUAUUUAUAUUGCUAGAAAUAUUUAUUUAAGAGACCCAUUGGAUGGUCAAGAUUAACCAUCCAAUGGGUCACUUGUAUUGUAAGUAUUUGGUUUGAACUUUGCCCUUAACGCAUGACAACCGUGAGUGACAUUUGAUAAUUCAUUCAAUUGUUUUGCCGUAUUCUCGCGCAUCAGUAAAUUCCAAAUUUAAUCUUAUGUUCCAAUGUCACUUACGGCUGUUAUGCUUUUAUGAACAGUACGGAUAUGAUGGUCGUUCUUGUCUACGUGACAGCGUGAUAAAACGGUGUCCGUCACUUUCUAUCCCACGGUGUUAAACAGUGACAGUUAUUUUAUCACGUGGAUAAAGCUAUCCAUAAUACGCUGGCAGAACUAUUUAAGUAGAAAUCACAAACAAAUGAUCAAAAUAAAUAAUUUAAGAUUUAAAACAUGACCGCAUGCGGCUAAUAUGGGUAUUUGUGAAGUUUUCUAUUGUACCUACCUACUUAUUAAUUAUCUAUGACAAUUGUGCUGAAUACUGCACAUUAUUAAAUACUUUAAUGUGAUAAAUAAACUAUUAGUAUGUAUUAAUUAUUAUUGAGUGACGUUGUUCAUAUGACGGAAUAUACAUUAUGUAAUGCUUGUUAGUUAUUCAUUGUACAGGCAAGUGACAAUCAAUAUGAAACCGCUAGGAAUCUCAUAUGAUUGGCAUAUAUGUUCAUUGACCUAUAUUUUUAAAUAUUAAUUUAAAUAACGGAACAAAAUGUAAAAAUUUCACAAUUUACUGUAUCUGUAUGGUUUUAAUUGUUAACAAUAGGGCUCCUUACGCUUCAUGUGCAAUAAGGACGUUUCCAUCUGAAAUUUCAACAUAAUUUCUGCCAGAAACGUCCUUAUUGCACAUGAAGCAUACCUAAGGACCCUUCUCCGUGGAAAGCCAUAUAAUAUAUAUAUAUGCUCGAUUCAUGUUUAUAAUGACCAAUUAUUACAUUUUGUCUGUCAAACCGUAGAUAUCGUUUGGUAUAAGGAGUGUUGUUCUAUAGAUGCGGUUGUAAAUUGAAUAAUGUGUUUUAGUGGUGUAUUCCCAUUUGUCUCCGCGGGGACCAGAUGGGAAUAGGAGCAUUCAUAUGAAUAAUUCCCAUCUGUCCCCGCAUUAUGUGUGGCGGCGGUCACGUGGGGCGGGGACUAAUGGAAAUACACCGUUUUUUGUCUGUAAAUAAUAUGACAUUAAUUUUAUUUACUAUUUUUGUUAAGUUAACUAUUAUUUUGUAUAUUUUGGCUUACCAUGACUGCAGGCUUCUUUCGAUUAGUCAAAUACAGAGUGGGAUUAGUAUUCGGGUCGGCACCAUUUGCGAUAUAUUUGUGCACAUUUUUGUAGGUAUGGCUGGACCCCAUUUUAUAAAGUUACAAGACAGCUGCUGUCACCGCCAUAUAAUUUAUAACCUGAAAACGCAAACAUGUAACCUAUUGAGAUAAUAGCUGUCCCCGUACCCAAACUAAGUAAAAAAUACUAUACAAUAAGGGCCCGAAUUAACGCAUUCACUGCCAGGGGGCGCGGCCUAGGAACAAACUUGUAUGACGGUGAACGCACAUGUGCGUUGGGGGCAGUGAAUGUGUUAAGAGUCCGUCUAAGCUAACUCUUCACCGACUUUGACAUGACAAAAGUGUGGAGGUACUUACAGUCGACGUAAAAGAUAUGUUUACAUUUUUCACCUUAUUAAUAAGGAGUAAAGUGUAAAUAUGUAAACAUAUAUUUGACGUCGACUGUACCAUUAUAAACGUCAUAUCUUUAUAGCAAUUUGACGUUUCAUACAUUUCCACACUGUUAAACAAAGAGGGUGCAAAGUGAGCUCGGUCCGACUCUAGCGAGCUGACAGCCAGGUGGUGUUUCUGUCAGAAUAUUUCGUAGUGCAUCUAUAAUAACAGUGUUGUGUUUUUAGUUGCCAGUAGUACCUAGUAAUAAUAUUGUUUUAAAUGAGUAUGAAUGGUAUGAUUUCCCUAUUCUAAUGUAAGGACGCCAAGCGCGAAGAAUUUCGUACAUCGACCCACCUGAUCCUAUCUGUAUCGUACGCGCAGCGCAUAUAUAUUGCUGUCCCGCUCGCACAGUGGCAUUGACCGCCGGCAUCAUGGGCGGGACACCAAUACAAUUACGUGCGUGCGAUAGAGAUAGUAACAGGCGGGUCGAUGUAUGAAAUUCUUCGUCCUUAGCGUUCUUACUUUAUCAAAGCUAUGAAAUUGUAUGUCGCCAUUUUGACAGAAUGACAUAAGUACCUAUUGACAUAUAUUAUGGAAAAUUAGCCCCAGACAAACUUGAAAGAUGAAUCUUGUAAAUAAUAUAGUGAACAAUUAGUUGUAAGUUAGUUAAUGUCGUUAAUAGUUAUUGUUUUGUGAAUUAUAAUGAAUAUAUUGAAAGUUCAAAAGUU